ACCUGAUUGCUAGGUCACUCCUUUUCAUGUGCCGCGUUUGACGUUGAGCGAAACCACCAACUGGCAAUCGAAACAAAAUCGAAACCAAAUCGAAAACGCACUUCCUACCUCCUGUCUUUCUCGUGCUAUGACCAAGGAUACCUCCAGCUUGGGUGAGCGUCACACCAAGACGCACUCUCUGUACCGUCGCUGCGGCCGCCGCACGCAGCUUGCAGCCCUCCAUGUACUUUUAACUCUGGCACUGAUGGCAUUCAUUGCUUGGCAGCUUGAACAUGAGGUGGCAUGGGACAUUGCCCUGACUCUGCACCACCAGUGCGAGGUUGAAGGCGCUGCAGCACGGCGCUUGACCUUGCGGCGACCGCCACCGCCGCUCUCCCAAGAGGCGAUGACCUACUACGAGUCCAUGCCAAAACUGCCAACAGCUGGCACCAAACCGGCUUGGGCGCGCGUCGAAGUGCACGGUUUUGAAGUCCGCGUUCCUGCUGCUCCACCAGCAGUGAAUAUUUCGAGCGUUCGACCGCCGCUGGGAGCAUUCGUGCCACGCGACGAGCUCCUCCAAAUCACUGGCCUGCAGUGUUUGCCGCUUGAGGACCACCAGUCGCUCGCCGAGCUGUUCCACGGGUUUUGGGAUGGACCAAUCAACCAGACGCUCUCUUCCCUCUAUAUCAGCGCCAUCUCGACAGUGUUCCGGCAUCACCCCGACUCGACGUACCUGGUUCACUCGAAUACCCUGCCUCUCGACCAGUUCGACGAGCUUCGGGCAAUGGGAUUCAACAUUGCCGUUGUGCGCUACGAUGCGUUGCGCGCCUUAACGUUUGGCAACUUGCCUGGCCAAAGGUGGCUGCUCCAAGAUCGUGUUCGGUACGCAGAGCAUCGCAACAUUGGCUCGCACAUGUCAGAUCUGAUGCGAGCUAUUCUCAUGCACCAGUGCGGUGGUAUUUACAUGGAUCUCGACUCGGUCUUGCUUCGGCCGCUGCAUUUCCUCAACCGGGCGUUCACCAUGGAGCCCAUGCGUCCCAAUCACUUGCGUGUGCAGUACAUCAAGAUGGAUGGUGUGUCAUCAUUGUUGUCUUGCAGCGAAGUCAUUGUUAUUCGGCCACAGCCUGUCGACGACGGCGCGUCCAUGAUCCUGUCGCCCUAUGUGGUUCGCGGCGACUUUGGCCUCGUUCCCGGCCUGUUGGCGUUUGGUCCACGAGAUCCGUUCAUCUACAUGAUGAUGCAAGUGUUUGAUGAGCCCUACAACCCCGACUGCUUUAGCUGUGUCGGUCCGGUCGCCGUCAACAAGGCCUACAUGGCGACGAGCGCGCAUGAACGAUUGCGGCUCCAAGUCUAUCCUGCGGAUGUCAUGUUUGGCCCCUUCUGGCGCGGGGUGAUGGACAAGUUUGAUGAAUUUUGGCAAACGACGACCGACGAGCGCGGCCAGGCACUCGUGAACGAGGCAGUCCAGUUUGGCUUUACCCAGCAUCUGUAUGGGGGCGGACAAGGCGCCCCCGCCUUCCAAAACAACAGCUAUAUUCACCGAUUGGUGCUUGAGACACAGCUCAUUCCGUUGCCAGACCUUUGGCAAUAGAGACGUCUUGGUGGUUGAUUUUAACGACUUUGCUUUUUGUUUUGGUUUCUUAGUUAUCCCAAUUCUCUUCCAUCAAUAAAAGCUGAAAUGCAUUCUCACCACCGUUGCGAUUUAUUCACACAGGGUUUUUGGCCCUUCGACCCUGUUGGACAGGUUUUUCGGUCAUGGUGACACACACAAAAAAUAAAAUAAAAUAAAAUUC